CACUCCAGCCUGGGCAACAAGAGCAAGACUCCAUCUCAAAAAAAAAAAAGUAUGGUUAGUGUGAGUGUGACUCUUGCCACGUAGAAAGUACCAGGUGUCAUUUUUUAUUACGGUUCGUUCACUGAACUUCCUCUGGCCCAGAGAGUGCCAGGCCUGUAGGAAUGACCCAGCUCUGGGAAACCCAGGGAAGAAGCUACAGGGAGCUCUGGGGAGACCAGCCUGGCCUCCCCUGUCCCCUGAGGCCCUUCCCUGCCUCGCUGUCCUCAGAUUGCAUCCAGGUGGAUCCCCCUGAGCGGCCCCCUCCGCCCCCCAGCGACGAUCUCGCCCUCUUGGAAGGCAGCUCCAGUUACAAGAACCUCACGCUUAAAUUCCACAAGCUGAUCAAUGUCACCAUCCACUUCCGGCUGAAGACCAUUAACCUCCAGAGCCUCAUCAACAACGAGAUCCCAGACUGUUAUACCUUCAGCGUCCUGAUCACAUUUGACAACAAGGCGCACAGCGGGCGGAUCCCCAUCAGCCUAGAGACCCAGACCCACAUCCAGGAGUGUAAGCACCCCAGUGUCUUCCGGCACGGAGACAACAGCUUCCGGCUCCUGUUUGACGUGGUCGUCAUCCUCACCUGCUCCCUGUCCUUCCUCCUCUGUGCCCGCUCGCUGCUUCGAGGCUUCUUGCUGCAGAAUGAGUUUGUGGGGUUCAUGUGGCGGCAGCGGGGACGGGUCAUCAGCCUGUGGGAGCGGCUGGAAUUUGUCAAUGGCUGGUACAUCCUGCUGGUCACCAGUGAUGUGCUCACCAUCUCAGGCACCAUCAUGAAGAUCGGCAUUGAGGCCAAGAACUUGGCGACCUACGACGUGUGCAGCAUCCUCCUGGGUACCUCGACGCUGCUGGUGUGGGUGGGCGUGAUCCGCUACCUGACCUUCUUCCACAACUACAAUAUCCUCAUCGCCACGCUGCGGGUGGCCCUGCCCAGCGUCAUGCGCUUCUGCUGCUGUGUGGCCGUCAUCUACCUGGGCUACUGCUUCUGUGGCUGGAUUGUGCUGGGGCCCUAUCACGUGAAGUUCCGCUCACUGUCCAUGGUGUCUGAGUGCCUGUUCUCGCUCAUCAAUGGGGAUGACAUGUUCGUGACGUUCGCCGCCAUGCAGGCCCAGCAGGGCCGCAGCAGCCUGGUGUGGCUCUUCUCGCAGCUCUACCUGUACUCCUUCAUCAGCCUCUUCAUCUACAUGGUGCUCAGCCUCUUCAUUGCGCUCAUCACCGGUGCCUAUGACACCAUCAAGCAUCCCGGUGGUGCAGGUGCAGAGGAGAGUGAGCUCCAGGCCUACAUCGCGCAGUGCCAGGACACCCCGACCUCUGGAAAGUUCCGCCGCGGGAGCGGCUCGGCCUGCAGCCUUCUCUGCUGCUGCGGAAGGGACCCCUCGGAGGAGCAUUCGCUGCUGGUGAAUUGAUUCGACCUCGACUGCCAUUGGACCUUAACCGCUGGACUUAGGAGACCCCCCCGCCCCCACCCCCCGCUUAUUUAUUCUUAGGGUUUGCUUUUAAGGAUUGGCUCCCUGCCGCGCCCAAGGAGGGCCUGGACCUUUCGAGUCGGACUCUUGGGGGCUGGGAGACAGGGUGGGGAGGGUGUUCAAUAAAAGGGAAAAUAAAUGCGUCGUUCUCAUUUUUA